UUGUUUUCCAUUUUCACUGUUUUGACAACCUUUAAUUUGUUUUGUAUCGUUGUUUACCGCUAUUGGUAACAUUUGUUUUUAUCAUCUCACCUUUUUCGCCGAACGAUACUUCUCAUUACUCCGUUGAUAGUUAGUGAGUUUGGUUAAGAUUUUGCGUUGCCAAAGGCUUUGUACUGUCGACUUGUGCGUUGCGUCUCUUUUACCAACCGACCACUAUUACUUCAAGCCGUUCAAAAUGCGGACAUGGAUGAUGAGCCUUGUUCAUUUCUCUUGUUGCUUACUAUUGGCCACCGUUGUCGGAACCUCAAUUGUCCAUGCCGAAACGGAACCCAUGAUUAGACUGACCAGACCGAAGGAGUUUGGCAAUCCCGAGGAGCUGAGAAAAUAUGUCAAUCUUGUUAGAGAUUAUUAUAUGUCGCUCGCAAAAGCGAGAUUUGGCAAACGGAGUGACGUCGCACCAAUGUCGACGGAGUUGAGCAAUUGGGAAAUUCUGAGGAUGAUCCAGGAUGCGCGGCGGCAGCAGAAGAUCAGGCAGAAUAAAGAACAGGUUCUGUUCCAUGACUUUCAGAACUCGAACAUCGACAAGCAUACAUCGCGCGUCGCUACACGACCCGGCUCUCUUUCGGACAUGAUUGGCAAUUACGACGAUGUACAAUAAAUGACCUCGUGUAGCAUCCUCUCUUUUCUCUCCUAAUCUCCCUAAAUUCCCCUCUCGAUACUGAAAUAUAUCAAAGUCCUUCACCGUCCCGAGUUUACGAAUGAUCGUAACAUCUAUCAAUGUUAAAUUAACUUCUCGCUUUUCUCUCUUCGCCGCGAUUUCGUUUUGUGUUAUGAAUAUCUCGUCGAAGAUAAUAGUUGCGAUGCAGUGCCUGAAGACGAUAGAGAGCGUGUGAGGAUGCUGAAUGAGUAAUCUCUUGUCAAAGAAACGUUCAAAUCGGAACCCAAUUAAUGACGCUUGAGAUAAAUCGAAUUUUACGAAUUAUGUGAUACGAAUCUAGCUAGGUAGCAAGGUUGUAAUCCCAUUUAAUCUUAUAUGUAUAAAUUUCUUUGUUGACAAUAUUUAACAAGCAUAAUAAAGCUGAAAUGACGAAUAAAUGAGGAAUAACUGCCAUCCGUU